AUGGAUCCCCUCAGCGCUCUUCGCGCAACUUACUUCAACGUCCUCUUUGCUAUUGAGCUAGAUCAAGUCCCACAGGAAGUCAGAAACAGCUUGGAGCUGGUGCGGACCUGCCAUACAGACUUACAAUAUCUCAUCGAAAUUCGCAACGAGUUACUGCCCCUUCUUCAAAGACGCCCAAUAGUUCUCGAGCGCGUCAAUAAUAUCGUCGAAGCAACACACAAGGGCCUAGCUGAGGUCUGUGAGAUCUUGGAAAAGAGUCGCCCAAGAUUGAACAAUAGAAAGACACCCUUCAGAAGUAGAUUGUCCUGGACUUUAUUGGACUCCGGACAGUUCAAAGGACAAGGGCCGGUUAUCAGUCGGCAUCGCGAAUCAGUGCUUGCAGAAUUGAACUUCCUGCGACAGAUCGCACUACUUGCGCCGUCAUCUGAGGGCGACAUGGGCGAUGAUACAGCGGCCAAGAAGCCAACGGUAUUGUUUGACAAUGUUGCUCUCUUGGGAGACUUGAUGGGGAAAGCCAAUAUUUCAGGAUCCACGAGCCCCAUACCGGCAAACCCGAACGAUAUCAAUUAUCCAAAGCGAAGCCAAGCGCACGAUUUGCUAGCCAGUCAGGCCCUGCUUCCUGUGUCAUCCGGUCUUGCUACGAUGCCAUCGGCUCCACCUCUUUCGUCAAUAUCCCGAGGCUGUCCAACACUUCCUACCGAUUUUCUAUUUCCCGCAUUAUCAACAAUCGAUAUUCCCAAGCAGUUUCUGGAUCAAGAAAGCGAUGCGUCGGACAUGCUUAAUUGUAGAGGGACACGAGAUGCAGUCAUUGACUCUUUGGACGGAGAUGGAAUCUCCCUCUUGUUCGGGGAUUACGCAAACAUGACACCACUGCUAUCGUCAACGCCGUCUUUAUCGAGCCCGUCUGCGUCACCAUGGUUAUCCCACUCCGAGGUUCCUCAUCGACCAGUUUCGUUGGUGUCUUCCCUCUCGUCCAUAAAUGGGACGUGCGAUCUCUCUAACUCGGAAAACCCAUUGGAGCACCGGUCUCCUUCGGUGAUAUCGUUGGAAAACCAAGCAAGACAACAUCAAUCGACGGGGCUUGAUAGCCAAAGCAUAGAUGGCUUGUCUGUCCCAAACAUGGCACGGCACGCAAUAUCAUCACGAAGCACGUCAUCUUCCACAUCUACGCCUUCUUUGAUGCGUCAAUUUCGAGCGUGGUCAUCACCAUCAUUUUCAAUGCUGAGCCAACACAAACGCAAUCGUUUCUACCAGUCCAGCCCUCUGACUCCAUCACCAUCAAAAACAAUGGAAGUGGAAGAAACGAGUUCACAGAUCCCUUACCCUAGUUUGUCAGCCCAAGGUACAGCAUUAAACCAACUAAACCCCUCAAGCAGCGGGGUGAGCCCAUAUAUCCCCGGGGAUGAUGAGGAGGGUAUCAGAAGUCGCGCUACCACCCCGGCUCAACACCCUUGGCCUCAUGCCCAGGCAACAACUCCUAACUUGCAGCAGUCACUGCGAUCUCAGACCUAUGACGCUCAUUUUCUUCAGCAGAAACCUCUCCAUCCGCUUUCGCAAGCCACGUCCCAGUAUUCUCUUCGGGACAGCCAAGUAUCACAGACGAAGGCAUUUCACACGACACCUCCGCUUGAGCCUGAGCAAGCUCAAGCUUUCGAGAUGUUGGGUUCGAUUCCAAAUAUAUCUCAACUCUCCAAUCAGAGGCAGCUGAUCAGUCAUGCGUCUUCGACGGUCAAAAGGGAGAAUCAAAAUCCAACUUCUACCAAUUCUGACUUGGGGGUAUUUGAGCUGCCGUAG